AUGUUGACACGCACAGCAUGUCUGUGCUCAUCUGCUGCGGCCAGACGAGCAAGUCUUGGCGCUGCACUACGAUUGAUGAGCAUUGCUCAUCCAUCACUUUCACUCUCACAUUCAUACUCAUCAUCAUCAUCUAAUAAUAAUAAUGACAACAAGUCUAGUCCACCAUUCAAAUCCACAUCAUCAUCAUCCACAUUAUCUUCCACAUCAUCAUCAUCAUCAGAUAGCAGGCAACCGAAACCUCGACAAACCAAUGAUACAAUAAGGAACAUCAUCCAGGCAAUCCAAACAGACAUGGAGAAGAGUAUAAGCCUGAUAACAUCAUUCAUUGACUAUUCAAUAUCAAAGAACCAUGCCAUUGGCAAUCAAUUGAACAUGUUUGCAAAGUUAGCUCAUGAGAAUCGAGCCAACUCUAACUACCCAAAAUGCAUAAGCGUGAUCGUUAGAGGCUUCUGCGAGACGGGACAGGCCGAGCAAGCUGUGCCCCACCUCUCAGCCAAGACCUCGGCUAACGUCUAUGAUACAGUGUUCGGGGCAAUGAUCAGUCAGAUCAAGAAGCGACAGAAACAACAGCAAUCAGAGAACAACAACACCAAGCAACUAGUGUUGGACAAGAAUGAUCCCACUGUCAUAGGCAUCGAGAACAUGAUAAAGAUGCUGUCAAUCAUUGAUCUUGGAUCGACAUCGGUCGACGCCUAUGUGAUUUCCGCGCACCUGCUCUUUGGGCGGGAGGCCCAAGCGCUAAAGGUGUUCCAGGCGACGGCCACCAAGCCAAAGCAGCUCGUCUAUUACAAUCCGUUGCUGAACUUCCUCAACUACUAUGUCAGCCGCGGGCGCCACGUCGAGUCGAUCACAUUCUUCAGCGAGAAUAUCAAACAUUACAUUGGCUUCCUCGAGUCGCGCCACUUUCUCACCUACCUGAUGGACAUCAGGCGCGCAGGUCUCAAUGAGGACUAUCUGCUGGACAAGUUGCGCGAGGACGGCCUGUUGCCGUCGGCCGAGCACCCUCGCGCCACCAUCAACCUCGCUGUCUACAUGCUCGAGACGGGCCGCCACGUUGAAGCACGCAAGCUUUACAACCGAUACUUGACACAGGGUGGCAAGCCCGAGCAAUGGAUGCACUUCCAGUUCAUGCGCGAAGCAGUCCUGCGCGGGGACUUUGAGACGGCCAUGUCGUGGCUGGUCAAUGCGCGCUUCCACAACUUUGUACCCAGCUUCGCCACGACCCAAAGCCUCGUGGCCAUCUUGUUGGACAAGCAGCAGGACGAUCUAAUCAAAGAGUUCACCGACAUGGUGACGUCAGCGGGUCCCAAACACGGCCUGCUGCCCAAGCUCAUUGUGUUUAAUGAGUUCUCGACGAACCCGGCACGACGUGAGUUUGCCCAGACUCUGAUCGCGCGGCUCAAGCAGGUCGACGUGCUUGAUCAGACAGCAUUCACCAACCAGAUCAUCCGAUGCUACCUGCAGCUGGACCAGUACGAGCGUGCCCUGCUCUGGCACGGCCGCCGCAUCACCGAGCUCAACCUGCCCAUCGACACGUACAACGUCUACAACUUUAUGGUCUACCACAAGCGCCACCAAGACCAUGCGCUCGAGGAGUACUGGAACAAGAUACGCACGUCAAUGAACAUCGAUCGCUCCUACGAGGACAAAGCCAAAGCGGACUACGACGUGUUCUCCUUCCUGAUCGACCUGGACGCACUCGCGAACCUAGGCUCCCGCAGCGAGCUGGAGAGCCUGAUCAAGAAGCCGAGCAGCCAGUCGAUUGGCGUCGUGCCAUUCGUCGACGUGAGCAAGUUCGAGGGCCGUCGCGUAGCCACACCGCUUGAGACAAAGCUGUUGGACGCCAUCGCCCGCAAAGAUUACGGCGCGGCGAUGUCCGCGCUCACACUGCAGUUCGCGGUCAGCUCCACGGACAUGGAGCGACAGAUCCCGAUUGGAACCUCGCUGUUGCAGGCGGCCACACUCCUGCAGGCGAUGGACGACAAGAAGUUCCUGGCAUUCUUGGAGGACGCCAGCAAGGUACCAGUCGCAAUCAAACAGCUAUUGUUCAACCCGGCGUACCAUGCCAACCAGCUGCGUACCAACCUUGAGAACGAGCUCAGACUGCUGGCAACAUACCCGCAAUCAAUGUACAUCCACUCGACCACAAUAUGGAACAGCAUUUUCAUUGGACUGAUCUUGAUCAGGAAUGCCCACUCGAUCGAACUUGCCAACAAGGUUUACGACCACAUGAUCGCGCGUGGUAUGUCCACCCAGCAGACUGCAUUCGACGCCUAUGCCGACCUGUAUUGCCAGCGCACGACUACAUUGCCCGGCCCAACGGCCGAGAUGGAGCAGCACAUGUGCAAGUUCGCCCAACAGAAUGCCAUCCUAUGGACCAAGUGCAACAACUUUAUAGUCGAAUACUUGUUGCGCCACAAUCGCACGGACGAAGCUUUGGCCGCAUGGAACAACAUGGUGGGCAAGGAAAAGCUGCGUCCGGACUUCUACACUGCGCAGGUCGGUCUGCGGCUGGCGCUGGCCAUCCAUCCAGGCGGCCUGCCAUCCGAUGUCACUAGCUCCAAGGAAUGGGAGGGCAUACUGCGCGGCGUGACAGCUGGCGACGCCGCCCACUUCCACGGCUGUCUGAUCGCGCACCUCGCCAGCACCAAGGCCGACACCCGUACCCUGGAGCGUCUGAUCCGCCGCGGACACCCCGGCAAGCACGGCACCGAGCUGAAUAACGUGACGAUGGUGAUGCGCGAGCUGUACCAGCAUCCAAGUCUUCUGGUCGCCUACUUUGAGGACUAUGCGGCCACGUGUCACCGACCGCUCACACAUCUCGAAGCGUACGCGCACCAUCUAGUCGGCGAGGCCAACCUCCAAGUCAAGUCGGAGCAUACCUCCAAGCUUCUCCAAUCAAUCAAGACCGUACCAAACAUCACUCGCAAGUAUCCAGACGUCACAUCCUACACCGAUCAAGCAAUCGACAAUAUGAUACAAGCGCACAAUCAAUUCCAAAGCAACCCAAACACAACAACAACAAAGUCAUCUUCAUCAUCACCUGGCGACUCUUCAUCCAGUUCUUCCGGAAAGCCCAGUUUAGACCAAGCUUAG